AUGGCGUCCACUCUGCCCAGUGGAGAUUUUGAACCGAAGACCGAGGAUCUGGUUAACAGAAUAACCAAGGUUGAGCAAGCUAAACAUCUCCUGAGUAAAGAGCUGCAGGGCCACAAGAUGCAGUACGAUGCUAUGACCAAGGAAUUGGAUGAAUUAAAUGGAGAAAAUAAGCAUCUGCAAGAAUUGCUGGACAAGAAGCAAGAGACACUUAGUAUAUUGCAGCUCAGUAGUGACAAAAAGAUGUCAGACAACCAAAGACAGCAACAACUUUCAGAGACACACAAUGAGAGAAUAGAGAGUCUGACCUCGAAGAUCCAGGAGGAGAAGUUAAAGCGGAGGAAGCAGAGGAUGGAGCUGGAGAACCAGCUGGAGGAGCUGAUAAGGAAACACAAGAGUCUAUGUGAGCUCCAUAACGAUAAGAGACUUGUCUUGGAAAUAUCGCAGAUGGAGGAAUCAAAAAAACAACUGCUGAUUGAAGAGAGCGAGGAGAAGAACAAGUUGGCUGAGGUGGUGCAUGCUGCAGAACAGCUCAGGAAGGAUGGAGCAGCGCCGACUGCGGAGGACAUCUUCCUGCGGAGUGCAGAAGCCAUGAGCGCACAAUGCCUGCUUCAGGAGGAGAACGCCAGCGCUCAGGCUAAGCUGGAGGCCAUGUCUGAGCGUCACACACACUCACAAGAAAAAUACAAGAUGUUAAUGAAUGAGCUGGAAGCCGCAAGAAUAGAUUAA